UGACCUAAACAAAUUAAAUUGUGGACCCAACUUUUUUUAAAUUGUGUAUAAAAACCUUCUUCAAUGAAAUUAAGAAAAAGCAAUGAAUUUAUUUUUGAGAGCUGAAAAAAAAACAAAAAAAAACAAUGACGCGCAAAAAAUGGGGAACCAUGAUAUGGUUUAAAAGGUCUCAGAGUUAAACUACCACAAUGUCAUUUAUCUGUUAACAUGUAUGCCUUGACUGGACAUAAAUGCCUGGAACUGGCAUUUGCGAUGUCACUUCUCUGUUGGGCGGACUGCAGCCCCACUGCGCAGGAUGAUUUGGCUCCCCUUGAAUUGCAGUUCCAUUCUUUGGACUUCAGAAAUGUCUUACACUGGAAACAUCCACACAAAGCUGUCAAGAAUCUGACAUAUUUUGUUCAGCAUAAAAUCUACGGAGACAAGGAGUGGACUAACUCUGAACAAUGUCAGGGCAUCCGGUUGCUGGAGUGUGACCUGAGCCAGGCAAUGUCAGAUCCCAGAGAAUGGUACUAUGCCAGGGUCCGUUCCUUGUCCUCUGAGGGCUUCUCAUCUUGGGUCCUUAGCCACAGGUUUUACCCUCAGUGGGAAACCAAUUUCAGCCCACCGCAGAUAAAGUUGACUGUGACAGGAAGGAUCAUUUCAGUUCAGAUCAGACCUCCGAGGACUCCACUGCGAGGACAGAGGGGCUCUAGGAUACGAGUGACAAAACUGCAUAAACUGAAAUUUAGAAUAUACCUCAUGCACAAUGAUGUAGAAAAGGAAGUUUAUGAAACAGACAGUUGCUCCAAGGAGCUUGUGAUCGAGGGAUUACGUCCGAAAACCACCUACUGCCUUCAGGCUGUGUCCGUUACCCCUCGCUCAGGCCGCAAAAGCUUACGGAGUCCCAGCACCUGCAUCAGCACUCAUUGAAGGCUUAGUGUCUCCCACAGGUAAGCCUUACAUAACACCUGAAAUGGUUUCUUUAGCAAGGGAAACACCUGAGAUAAAUGAUGGUGUCCAUGACUAGUUUCCGCCUUUGUGCUUUCUCCAAGUUGCCUCCCGGGUACUGAUGGUUGGCAGACAAAAAGACGACAAAGUGAGCAUAGACACGCUACUUGUUAUUCGAGACAGAGAUCGCACUCUUGAGACACCCUCAGAUCAAGUUCCAACCACCUUAGGAUAAAUUAGAGUGAUUGUCUACUUUGCUAAGAGUUUCAGUUCUGAGAAUUUUGAGCACAUACAAGAUGCACGUGUAUUUUUAGAGUAUUCGUAUUAUUUCUGGUUUCGAUUAUAACAUUUCUGUUUUAUCUGCCUACAGGGUGAGGCUGCUUCUGGACCUUUGUUCAACAUGAAAAUUACACACAUACACACUACAUAGUGGAAUGUCUGCAAUUUUUCACCAAGGUCAUGUUUACUAUAAGACCGACUGUAAGCCUGGCUUUGCCUUUAGGUUACAUUAAAGCUGAAGUGUGUAAUUUGUGCACUUACUAGCACCAUCACUAUCAGCAAAAUAAUGGCCGUUUCUCGAACGGAAGGCUGCAUCCUCCGGAGG